AUGGAGGAUGUCAUUAUGGACACUGGAAGGCCUCUAAAUGCUCGCAAUCUGAAGAGCAUGGGGGUGAUUGAUCAAAUUAGGGUGAAACCCUCGUUGGACGCCUUUUGGGAAGCCCUCAAAGAUCAUAGGAAGAUUCCAAAUGGCCUAUAUAUUUUCUCCAAAAUCGAUCCUCCAGAGGUUGUUGCACACUAUCUACAGGAUCUCGCAAGCCAAGGAGUUGACAUCUCAGAGUUCUCUGUGGAUUGGCUACCUAAGCAUCCACCAAACUUCAUGAAGAGACAACGAGAACCUUCUGAGAAGUCAAAGAAGGCCAAGAAAGAAAAGCUGGGGGAAACUUCUGUGUCUAGACCUCCGACCCCUCUAGUCGAAUCUCCAAGUAAGUCUCUGCCUCCUCCUUCUCGCUCUGUAAAUUUAAAGCAAAUUGCUUCUUCUCUUCCCCAAACCACACAUAUCUACACUCACUCAGAACCCUCUCCCUCUACCAUCAAACCAUAUGACACUCCUACCUCUAAUCCACCAUCACCUCCACUUCAAAAAUUUAACCUCUCCACCACAACCUUACCAGUUUCUGAAGCUGAAAUGCUUAAUGAACCUAUCUCACCAAUCUCUUCAACACCUUCAUCUCCACCUUACUACAUCCUAUCAUCUGACUUAGAUCCCUCUGACCCUCAAUCCCCCACCCUGGCUCAGCUUCAGGCUCGGGCUAUUGCCUCACACAAACAACCUGAACCAGAAGCCAACAUUCCACCACCUGAACAACCAACUCCACCACCAUCUGAACAACCACCAAAUCCACCACCUGAACAACCCAUAACACCACCCUCUGAAACACCCAUUGUACCACCCUCAAAAAACAUUAUCACCCCUACCUCUCAACCUCCCGCUGACACUACCCAAACACCACCAACAUCUCCAUCCCCCAACCCUAAAUCAAAACCUACCUUCCCCACCCUAGAAGAAGCAAUCUCUUUAUUUGCUGAGUCUUCAGUGGAGAAGUCAAAUCUCUAUUUGAAAACUCUGGCACGACUGGAAGAAGAACAAAGGGUUAGAGAAGCUGCAGAAAAUGUUGCUGCUGAAGCUGCUGCUGCUGCGGCUGUUGCUGAAGCAAAAGCAAAAACAAAAGCUGACGCUGAAGAGGCAGCACACAUAGUUGCGGAAGAAGCUGCAAAAGCUAGCACUGAUGCUCUGGCUCAGGGGGAGCAAUCAAACUUUGGCUUCGCUCCUCUGAUGAUAAUUCGCGCGUUUCAAGGUCCACGAGUUGAAAACAGAUGCGGUUUGAAGCUUAGGAAGGUGAAUGGAAUGGACGUCUCAGCUCAAUUAUGCACCAGCUUUGAGAAUGAUCAAGAAGCCAUGGAUGAGCUUGAUGAUGACAGUUCCAAUUCCUCAAUGUUCGGCCACGAUUUUGUUGAAACAAAUGUACACAAGCACUUGGAGAUGACGGAUCAAGCAAGAAUUCACACUAUGGAUGAUGAAUUGCAAUGA